AUGGAUAAGGCUAGAAACAUUUUCCAACUAGCGGUGAAAUCCGGCAUCAAGCCUGAUGUUACAAGCUACAAUACUUUGAUGAACGGGUACUGUAAAACGGGACGAUUUGAUGAGUUUUGUCAUCUUUUUACCAUUAUUCGGGCCAAAGGGUUGAAGCGCAAUGUGGUUUCUUACAACAUAAUGCUGGAGGCUUUAUUUGGUGAUGGUCAAUGUGAAGAGGGCUUGAAGUUGUUCAAAGAGAUGGAAGUUCUACGAGUUUAUCCUAAUACAACAACUUAUGGAAUCUUGUUACGUGGUUUGUGCAAUGCUCAUCGUAUUGAUGAAGCAUUUUCCAUGUUAUAUACCAUGGAAAACAAAGGCUGCUUGCCUAAUGUUGUGAUAUAUACAGUUCUUAUUUCUGCCCUUUGCGAAGAAGGGCGGAUAAGAGAGGCUAAGGAUUUGAUGGUGCAAAUGGUGAACAAGGGGUGCUUUCCCAGCAGUGUGACUUACAAUAUUUUUGUUCAAGCUCUUCUUAAAAAGAACAAGAUGGAUGAUGUGAUUCUUGUCUUGAAAGAGAUGAUUGCAAGAGGGGGAUGCACAAUUAACGCCACCACUAUUUCGAUGUUGAGUGUGUGA